AGAAGCCGAGUCAUCGCGGACACAAGUCGGAUCUUUCUUAAACGGCGUGCACGUAUUUCGUUCGUUUCACAGUUCUCGCUCAGUUUCCUUAUUUCUCCGAUUGUCUCGUUUGAUCGUUGUUCGAUCGGUUUUUAUCGGAUUUUUAUCGGCCUGGUAAAGUAAAAUAAAAAAUUCGAAAGGAAAGGAUCGAGAAGACAGGAUGCCUUUCGCGGAUACUAUUAAUGGGUACAAUCAUCAAUUGGAACAAUCUAAAAAUAACGAAUUGUUGCAAACGGUUGAAGAAUCAUCACACAGCACAUAUACGUUCGAGGAUCUCCAAGAAGCGGCACAAUAUUUGCUGGACCGGAUCAAAUUGAAGCCAAAACUUGGAAUCAUAUGCGGUUCUGGAAUGAGAUCAAAUGAGCAAUACGAGUUGUGUCCAGGUUCGCUGGCCGAUUGUCUCGAGAAUAAGCAGUACAUCCCCUAUCAAGAAAUCCCGCAUUUUCCUGUCUCCACCGUGAAGGGUCACCGAGGCCAGAUGGUUUUCGGUUAUUUGAAUUCCGUACCAAUUAUGUGCAUGCAAGGCAGAUUUCACUAUUACGAGGGUUAUCCACUUUGGAAGUGCGCCAUGCCAGUAAGAGUUAUGAAGCUCGUAGGUGUGACUCAUCUGAUCGCGACGAACGCGGCGGGAGGUCUAAAUCCCACAUACAAGGUUGGCGACAUUAUGAUAGUGAAGGAUCACCUGAACAUGAUGGGUUUUGCGGGGAAUAACCCUCUUCAAGGGCCAAACGACGACAGAUUUGGACCGAGGUUUCCGCCAAUGAAUAAAGCUUACAACGCCGAACUCUUAAAGAUCGGUCUACAGGUAGCGAAAGAGAUGGGGAUAAGCGAUAUCGUGCACAAAGGUGUAUACGCGUGCAUCGGUGGGCCGAAUUUCGAGACCGUUGCCGAACUGAGGAUGUUAAAAAUGAUCGGCGUCGAUGCUGUAGGAAUGUCUACCGUACACGAAGUGAUCACCGCCAGACACUGUGAUUUGAUCGUGUUCGCCUUCAGCCUGAUCACGAAUCAAUGUACCAUGGAUUACGAUAAGUGCGAGCAAGCGUCUCACGAAGAGGUGAUAGCGGUAGGAAAAGGAAAGCAAACAUUGCUUCAAGAAUAUGUGUCCAAUAUCGUGAUACGUCUGCGAGACAAAUUGAACUUAUAGAUGAAAAAAAGAAGAAGAAGAAGAAGAAAAAAAGAAUGAUUUCUAUAAUUUAUAUAUUUAUUAGAAUAUUUUUUAGAAUGUUUUUAUCGAGUCUCUCUUAUUAUUCGUCUUCGUCGUCUGAGAGAAUGAGAAAAGAACGAGGAGGAAGAACGUUUUUGAUACGCGUGAUAUUUAUAAGAUAAAUGCUCGAUUUGUAAAAAUCCAUUUACAGGGAGUAAAGGUUUUCAUUAGGGAUUUUUAGUUGAAUCAAAUUAGAUACAUUACACGUGCAACUUUUAUCGCGACUUUUAUCCGUCUCGGAGAGGAGAUAUUUUUCUAAAUCGAAAUACAGAAUAUCUUGAUAAGUUUGUGAACGUAAUAUACGAGCAUUGUAUCGAGAUUUUUUUUAGAUAAUUUACGUUUAAAAUAUCGGUUACUGCCCUUAUUUUAUUCUUUGUCGCAACGCUACGAAUAAUCGCUGAUUAAGCAAGAGAGAUAAUUAAAUCAGUAUUCGACAGUAUUCGAAACGAAAAGAAAUUGGUUUAUCCACGAGGAAAUCAGCUUAUUAUCAGCAUAUUAUUCGAACGUGUUCCAACUCUAUGUUUGAUCUCAACAAUCAACAGAGAAUAAAAAGAUAUAUGUAUUUUUUUGACAUGCGUAAUUCAAAAUCCAUAAAUCGUUUCAAAAUCCAUAAAUCGAUCGUCUCUCGAUCUCGAUUGAUUCGUAAAGUAACACAGGCCUCGAGAGAGGCCUUCUUUAAAAAGGGGGAACUGUUUAAGAGUUGGGAGGGGUUGGUGGAUGCCGCCUCCACCCCUUCUCCAGCACCCUCGUCGAUUUUCCUCCCUCGCUUCGUUACCUUCAUCUCGUUUCCGUGCUCUUCCAUCGCUAAUGCAUCGGUGUUCGGCUUCGAUAAAUCUCGAGCGGCAAAGACCAUACUGCCGCGGCCCUUCCCUCAUCCCCGCAACCCUCCCCUCUUCGUUUUCCGCCAUAGUUGCUCCUUUCGUAUUACCUUCCACGAUGAAAUUAUGACAUGACGUCGCGGUGAAAAAGUCACGGUCGAAGAUUCAGUGUCGUCUCGAUCGUCUCCGGAAUUGGAAAGUAUUUGGCUUUUCGAGGGGGACGGAGAGAAUACGUUUUUCGUUCUAGUCGGAUAUUUUUUCCAUUUUUUCUUCUCUCUCUCUCUCUCUCUCUCCUUUCUUCUUAAGAAAAGGAAACGAAAGAUGAAAUUAUUCUUUAGAAUGUCGCGCCAUAGUGAAAUGAAAUUAUUGUUGCCGAUUUAAUAAAAAAAAGAAAAAGGACACGACAGAAAUUGUUUGCUUCGUCGUUUAUUUCGCGAUUUCGUUAAAAGCUUGUUUAAUAACUGCGCGAUCGAGAUGGGGGCAUGGUCUGAUAUACAUUUAGCGGAAUUAAUGCAUACGUGUAUGAAACGUGUAUACAAUCAAAUUGAAUAAUUUUAUAGACCGUUCUCCUCCAAUUUCGAUCAAUGAUUUUCCAUUUUGGUGAGAGACACGGUGGUACACGGUGGGAUAUCGCCCCGGCGUGUUGCAUAUUUUGCGAGAGGAGAUGGGAAAAUUAUGAUUGUGCGUGUCUAGGAAGCUUGGCGCGAAACGAGAGGAGGAGUAAUCAAAGAUAUCGGAUGGAAAUCUUCUUUCUCGCUUCCUCUCAAAGUAACUUUCGUAACUUUCACAAAUACAGAUAUCGAUAGCACAUCUAAUUGAACUUUCCUCUUUUGCACGAUCGAAAAUUCGAAAUCGUUCUCCAUCCCAUUUCUUCUCCUCGUUUUUUGAUGCGUGCGAAACGCGACAGGGCGGAAGGAAAGUAUUUCGUUCGAGUAUUCACGCUCGAGUAUUCGCGGCUCGAUUCAUUUGGAAAUCAUAAUUUAACACUUCACUCCUUCGACCUCGAUUCCGUUUCUCGAGUAUCAUCUCGGCUCGACGACAUGACUCGACGACUUCGAUUCCUCGCUCGAAUGGAAGAAGAACGAGGGGCGGCGGUAACUAAAAAUUUAUACAAACGGAUAUCGGCAACCUUGAAUUGAAUUUUAAACGGUAAAUCCACGCUUGUGACGGCACGUGCCAUCUUUCGGAAUAGAAUACUUUCCGACCGUCUGCACUGUUGAGACUGUUGCAUCCUCCCCGAUUUGAAAGGGAUACAUCCGAGCAUGUUUCCGUACGGUAUUCAAGGAUAGGAUAGGGAGGAACGAAGGGCGGAAUAGCUGCUUCGUCUGGCCGUAUAUUUCCACGGUUGUGGAAUAGAAACUGUACGAGGGAUCAGUUAUUGAUAUUUCUGAAACGGCAGAUAAAACUUUUCCCUCUGUCUAGGAAGCUCUCUCGUAUAUCUUUCGUUUACCGAUCUGCCUUUACCGAAGAACAGCAAUAUCAUAAUCGAGAUAGGGGAUGAUGUAUUUCGGGUUUAACUUUCGCGUUAUUCCGCUGCGAUAAUGCUGAAAAAAAAAAAAAAGAAAAGAAAAAGGAAGUUAACAAAUGGGUAAGACAAGGUAUGGGUGUUUGCGCGGGCAACGCUUAGAGGGAUAACGUGAAAUGAAAUUCAGAAGAGCAGAAACGUCUUGAUUAUUUCAGAGAGUAAGAUUGAUAAGGUAAUCCCGUUUUGUAUCUUUAUAUAAGUUAUCCUCUUUUCUCUUCCCCUCCCCUCUUUGCUCUUUUUUUUUUUGUUGCCCGAUUCUUCUAUGAAACGUAAUGUAAUUUUACCGUAAUAUCACGAGGGGGAACAAAAACCUCGUACUUUCUAUGAAUUAAAAUGUAGAGAAAGAGAAUGAACAAAUGAUACGCUUACGCUACGUUAACGAUGCGUCCGUAUUUCUUUUUAUCAGUUCGUUUCAUUAGAUGGAAAGUAGAAUUAUAGAAUAUCGCGGUACGAUAAUGCGUUCCAAAUCUCUUCUUUUGUUUUCCUUUUUUGCGCAAUAUUAAUUUGUUUUCGAGGAAAUUGAAG